CGCCCCGGGCCGCGGGCGGGGCAGGGCCGAGAGUCCGGCGCGGCGGCCGGCUCCGGGGACUUCCUUGUUGGGAUCCCCGGCCCGGCGUGUCCGGAGUCGUAGCCCCGCGGCGCUUCCCGGACGGCCGGCCGGAGCCUAGGUCGCAGCCGCCCCCCAAGCAGAUCCACGCCCCGCGCCCCGCCAUGCCCACCCCCGGCAGCACCUCCUCCCCGGGGCCCCUCCCCGAGGAGGUUAGGAACCUGUUGGCAGAUGUUGAAGCAUUUGUAGCAGACGUUCUGAAAGGGGAAAAUUUAUCCAAGAAAGCAAAGGAAAAGAGAGAAUCUCUUAUUAAGAAGAUAAAAGAUGUAAAGUCUAUCUAUCUUCAGGAAUUUAAAGACAAAGGUGAUGCGGAAGAUGGGGACGAAUAUGAUGAUCCUUUCUCUGGGGCUGCAGACACUAUUUCAUUGGCCUCAGAGAGAUACGAGAAAGAUGACGAAGCUCCCUCGGACGGAACCCAGUUUCCUCCAGUGGCAGCACAGGACCUGCCGUGUGUUUUUAAGGCUGGCUACCUUGAAAAACGCAGAAAAGAUCACAGCUUUCUGGGAUUUGAAUGGCAGAAACGGUGGUGUGCUCUCAGUAAAGGCGUGUUCUAUUAUUAUGGAAGUGACAAAGACAAACAGCAGAAAGGUGAAUUUGCAAUUGAUGGCUACCAUGUCAGGAUGAAUAACACUCUUAGGAAGGAUGCAAAGAAAGAUUGCUGCUUUGAAAUCGCUGCUCCUGAUAAACGUGUCUAUCAGUUCACCGCAACUUCUCCCAAAGAUGCCGAAGAAUGGGUACAGCAGCUGAAAUUUGUAUUACAAGAUAUGGGAUCUGAUAUUAUCCCUGAGGAGGAUGAAGAAGGAGGAGAAUUAUAUGAUGAUGUUGAUCAUCCUCUACCAUCCAGCAGUUCACCAGUCGGCAGUCAGCCAAUUGAUGACGAAAUUUAUGAGGAACUUCCAGAUGAGGAGGAGGACGCCGCUCCGGGGAGAGUGGAGGAGCAGAGGAAGACGAGCCAGGACAGUGGCCAUCACAGCACAGGAGAUAAAAGCACCGACUACGCUAAUUUUUACCAGGGUCUGUGGGACUGCACGGGUGCCCUUUCUGACGAGUUGUCAUUUAAACGCGGGGAUGUGAUUUACAUUCUGAGCAAGGAAUACAAUAGAUACGGCUGGUGGGUAGGAGAAAUGAAGGGAGCCAUUGGCUUGGUGCCGAAAGCCUACAUAAUGGAGAUGUAUGAUAUCUGAGAGUCCUGGGAAAAAUCAACGUUUCGGUUGAAGAAAAAAAUCGUAAUGCAACUUUCCCUUCUGCCCACAGCCGCGGAAGGUCUCCUGCUUCUCUGCAGAGGCCGCGGGAUCAGACCGGCCGGGAGCCCUGAGCGGCAGCGCAUCCCUUCCUUUGUUUGUUAGCAUCCCGCGUCCUCACUGCCUUCUGCCUUCACAGCUCUGCGCCGACGUGAGCCUAAAUGAAGGACAUUCCUGCCAAUCAGAUACAAGCUGUGCACUUAGACCUGUUGCUGUUUUGCAAAGAAAUGAUUGUAGUUUUUACUCAUUUGAUUUGUGUGAAGAGCUCAGCACUGUUCUAUAUGAUCCACAUCAUCACCGCUACCUCUGGUGUGAGCUGCAACCUCUCUCAAUAUUGGCCGUCAGUUAUUUCUGUCAAAUAUAUAAUUUCACAGAAAUGUGGAAGGCAUUAUCAUGUAAGCUUUGGGUAGAUACUUUAAUAAAGCCAUCAGGAAUAAGGCAUUAUGAAAGCUUUAGAGAUGUUUUAGGUCAGUAUUUAUUUUCCACACGUUAGGGACACGUUUUCUCGAGAGAAUUUUCGCCAAGGGCGAGUUUGCUUUAUGUGAACUCUCCCCACAAGGAAGGAAGCAGGAUCGAAUUGCGAAUGGUAGUGUGCUGUCACCUUCUACAAGGCACGCUGACUGGAACCAUGGUUCAUGUGACAUCCUGCUUCAAGAGCAGACACCCUGGUCAGAUGCUGGGCUGGCCAGCAUCUCCCACCAUCAUUUUGUGUAAAUUUAAUGAAAUAAAAAUUCCUAAGACCCAUCUCCGAUUCUCCGCCAGGGUAAGGGCACGAGGCAUCUCGACGUGCCCUGAGAGUGAGGGUGGACCAGCCUCUCCUGCCUGCUGGUGGCAGUGGCAGGGAACCCACUGAGGGCGGCGCCAGCCAGAGGCUCCCGGCUCCUCCGAGCAGAGGAGGGAGCAGGGUGGGGACCACGGCAGCACACACACCAGCAGGCAUGUGGGGACCACGGCAGCACACACACCAGCAGGCAUGUGGGGACCACGGCAGCACACACAGCAGGCAUGUGGGGACCACGGCAGCACACACAGCAGGCAUGUGGGGACCACGGCAGCACACACAGCAGGCAUGUGGGGACCACGGCAGCACACACAGCAGGCAUGUGGGGACCACGGCAGCACACACACAGCAGGCAUGUGGGGACCACGGCAGCACACACAGCAGGCAUGUGGGGACCACGGCAGCACACACAGCAGGCAUGUGGGGACCACGGCAGCACACACAGCAGGCAUGUGGGGACCACGGCAGCACACACAGCAGGCAUGGGGAAGGGCAGCAGCAGCCUGACAGUGGAGCAUGCGCUCCGCUACCUGAGCAAGACUUGCAGGAUGAUGUCACCACCUGUUCAUGUAUAUUGGAAACCAAAGGUACUUAAAUGCCCUUAACUUACACUGCAAGGUACUGCUGAACGGAUAAUCAUUUGGAGUAGCUAUAAUCUCAUAUUGAAUCACUGAUUAGCAUGUACAUUUGUUGAACUUUUCGGAUCUUUGCUUUAUGAAGAUAAAGAUUCUGACCAUGCAAGCAGGCUGGUAAUAUUUUUAAAAACCUUCAUUAUUUACAUAAAACUGUUUACAGACACUAUUUCAGAGUGCCUUAAUGCCAUCAUCAUAUUAUCUCAGAUGUUAAAGAAUAUUCAUUUCAGGGACUGGAAGUAAACUCUGAUUUAUAUAAAUUAUUUAGACUGUUGAGCUCCAGCUGUCAGACAUGAAUUGGUGCGCUUGUUAAUCUGGUCCUGAUCGAGGGCAUGGGGGUAGAGUGAGAUCAUCUUGGGGAAAGACAAGCGGAGAUGAGGCUACCCGGCUGGUUUUCGAAGCCCGAGAGGUUGAAAAGCAAAAUCAGCGGUGGGUUUCUACAUAUAAUUAAUAUGUAGAACAUAAACGUGGACUUGCUGGUGGCAUGGACACAGAUUUCCUGCUUCUGGCUUCAGUGAAGACUGCAGCCCUGGGCCAGUAGGUGGCAGCAGUCUUUCAUUGCAUUCCCAGCUGCCGGGAAGCCCUCCCCCACUCGGGCCCAGACCCCUGCAGACUAAAGAGCGCAUAGAACGUCGCUGCCUCCUUUACAGUUAGUCCAGGAGAGGGAGUCCUUUGCCAACGGAUGACCAGCCAUUCCCAGCCACACGGGCUCUGAGCCGUGGUGAUUCAGAAACCUAGUGUGGCCUCGGCCUGAGCACUGGCCUUUGUUCUUUCUAAGCUGCAAUCCAGGUGGGAGACAGGGAAGAAAACCCAGAUUUCAAAUGGGUGGCGUGGAAGGGAAAAUAAUCAUUGCUUUCAACGCAUGACAAGUUUAUAUUCAUUUGGUGAAAUCUUUCGUAUACUACCAGGGAGAAAGUUUUCUUUACACACUUGACAAUAUAUCAUACCCUCUUCAGAUCAUAAUAAUAUAAUAAUUAAUGUGACUCUAAACAGCAUGGCUUGUUAGAAAAUGUACUAAUUGCUAUGUUCUCAUUAUGUUUGCUUAGCUUUUAUUUGUUUUUCUGCGAACAGCUAGACUGAGAGCUGUUUUUUUCCAAAGGUGAUUGUAAGUCAUAUUUUAUAUAACAUUUUGCUUGAUUAUUUGCACUGUACUGGAUUUGUACUCUAUUGCCAUUAGAUCUUACAGUAAUGUUCCACUCUGCAAAUUUUUAAGGUUCAAAUAAAGUUUAAUUGUUUGCAAA